AGCAGGUCGGGUUCGGGUCAGAAUACGGGUCAAUUUCGAAUUGUGCUUUAAACGUAUCAAAAAUAGUGUAUAAUUUAAAAUUAUUACAAAAUAUGAUAUUGGGUCAAAUUCGGGUUGUUAGGGUUCAAUUCAGGUCGGGUUCGGGUUUCGCUCAGUAUUUUCUGAUCGGGUUCAGGUCAGAGUCGGGUUAAAAAGUUUUUACUCAUAUUUACCCAUAUCACUCAAUUAAAAAAAAUAACCAAUAACCACCCUUUAAUAAUUUUCACUUUUACUUUUUUUUUUUUUCUUAAACAUACAUCCUACAUAUAAGCACGGGUAAACUUGUGUUCAAAAAAAAAAAAAAAAAAAAAAAAAGGCACGGGUAAACUCUAAUUAUCCAUAAUUUCAUAUUAUGUACUCUCAUCCACCAAAAAAAAACAAAAACAAAAAACUUAUACAAGUAUAUCCGAUUGAUUUUCACAAUACGCAGCGUUUGAAUACUCCUCCAUAAAUAUGGUUUGAAACCAAACAAACCCAGAGAAAGAGACAGUAACCAUGAAUUUGAAAAAAACAAACUCCCAAACACCACCGGCGAACUCGCCGACGGGUCAACCGGACUCACAAUCGCCAUCACCGUCAGCGACGGCGGCAAUGGCGGCGGUGGAGGAGCUGGUGGAGUCGCUCAACCAACGGAAAAUGUACAGAGAGGUUACACUCGCUCUCCGAUCCGGUCUCAGAGACGCGCGAGCUGAGUUCUCCUUCCUCCGAGUUCGCGGCCUUCGUUGCCUCCUCAAGUUCCUUCGUUCCGUCGCUGAGUCUGACUCGGUUAUUCGUCUCUUUUGCCUCACUCAAUCUCUCCCUGAUCUUCAAGUGGUUCCUGUUCUUUUUCAACAUUCACUAAAAGAUUCGGAAGAAGAUAAGGUGACCAGUUUGGAUCAUAUAUUCACUGUUGAACCUAUGAAGUUAACAAACCCUUCAACAGAUACUGAAGUUGCACUUGCACUUCGUGUUUUGGAAGGUUGCUGCCUAAUUCACAGACAAAGUACAAUUUUGGCUCACCAGCACAAGGCAAUUCCGGUGUUAAUGAAUAUAUUAUCGAGUAGAGGAGCUCUAGAGCAAGGUGCCAGUGUUGAUGCUUUGAUUGCUUUGAUGUUAGAUUCGACAGCUAAUCAAAUGGAUUUUGAAACCUGUAAUGGUAUUGAGGAAGUUGCUGCAAUUAUUAGAGACAAACAAGUUGAUGAAAAUCUCAGGAUGAAAUGUGGAGAAUUUUUGUUAUUACUCAUUGGGCACGUGGAUGGGAGAGAUAUGCAGCCAAUGGCAACAGUACAUGAGGACAUACGUCGACUUCUAGGGGAAAAAUCUGCGUCGUUGAUAUGGGCAGCUAGUCAAUUCGGCUCAACUCUUGAUCCAGAGGAGAGGAUGACAGCUCUGCACAUCCAAGCUCGCAGAGUCCUGGAAUCGCUUGAUCUCUUUGGAGUGUAGCAGACAAUUAGUGAUUUUGGAAGGUUAAGAGUACAUGAUUUACUGAUCUUGUUUGGACAAUCCAUAUGCAGAAGAUUGGUGCCUACAGUUUUGACUUUCUAUUAUGUCUAAGCUUCAAGGAGUGUAGGUUAGCCAAGUUGCUGUCUCUGUUGCUAUCCUCUGUUGGUGCUUCUACCAUUUCUCUGCAAGUCUGGUUUUUGACUCUUGCCUGGAAUGCUACACAGUAACUUUUUGUAUGUCAAUUUCAUUACUCUGGGUAGCUGUAUAGAGCUUGUUCAUCUCCCAUGGAGUCAUGGACCACUCACCAUGGUUUAUUAAACAUAUGUCGAUGUAUAGAUGACCAUACAUUGUGGGUUGACUUUACUGUAAAUGAUAGUUUCUGUUGACAAUCGGCAUUAACUUUGAUGCUUUAUUCCUGAUUAAAGUAAAAGAUUUUUUUUCCAGAUA